AUGUCAAGUAAUUUUAGUAUUGAGAACAAUUCGCCGCCUUGGGAACAACCCCCAACGGAAGCUCCAUACAUUUACAAAAAUAGAUUGAGAAAUUUACUAAUAGUGAAUAUAACAUUUGCGGUUGCUGGUACACUGAUCAACGUUUGGUUUCUGGCAGCCAUGUUGCUAUCUCAUGAAAUUCGCUCACGGAUGCGCAACAAAAUUAUUGUUGGUGUGUUGGUUGUUAACUUAACAGAGACUGUGAUACUCUGCGGUUUUCGUUCUGUUGUUUCGGUUGCGCUUAUGUUGGAGGCAUAUCACCUCUCGCAUUGUAUUAUCUACUCAGUUUACGAAAGCAUUUACCGCAUUGAAGACUUUGUCGGCAACUGGUACAUUGUAAUUCUUCUGUGUGUUUUUGCAUCUCAGGCGAUGCAGUUUAAACCUAGAUUAGACCAACGAUGGAAGAACAUUUUAACUGCUGUUAUCUUCAUAUCGCCAUGUCUUUUUGCUGUAUUCUUUGUUCCGCUAACAAUGUAUGGGUAUGAUUUUUUUUAUCGUUCGUACAACAGCAUGUGCAUGACGAGCUCACUGGAGGCUUUAAAAGUCUUCGAAAUUGUAGGCACGAUUGUCCCCCACACACUGACAGUCCUAAUUCUGGUGAUAACUGCAGUACUAAAGCGGCUGCGAUACCAGCAUACAGACGACAGAUCCCAGAUGGAUCCCUGGUACCCUUUCCUCGCUGUCCUGGUCACUGCUGUUGUGUCUGAUGUCAGCUACACAGUGUUCUUCAUGAUUCCAAAUCCUAUGGACGGAUUGAGAUCAACGACCAUUGAAGAAUUGUUUCUUGCCAUUAGUAUUUUCACUCUUCUACGCGUGAUUAUCAUGCCACUUGUGCUGCUGCUGUUUCCGGACAUCAGAGAACGAAUCAAAGUCUGGAGACCUUGCCGUCAAUCAGCUCCUCCUUCAGAUCCUAAAAGUUCUGCACAUCCGGAAAUAACAAUGACUGGCUUAUUGGCUAGGGAAAGUUGA